GUGCACAGCUGUACUCGAAUAGUCAACUGAUCCAUUACUCAUAGCAAUGCACAGCAAAUUCAACUAGAUUCAGACAGACUGUGCUUGUACAUAAAACAUAAAUAUUUUCUAUUCGUCAAAUUGCAAGAGGCACACGUGAAUUAAGAUCCAACUGAAACGCGUUCGUGACAAUGGCUUCAAUCGACAACAAAUCUGAUGUAGCGUCUGUGCAGAAGGGUAAAAAUUGGAAGGACGCCGAAACGGGCAACGAUGACCAUAAACUGCAAAAGGAUACGUUUUUCAAAAAGUUCGGCGGAAUGCUGAUGGCACUGGCAGCCAGUUUCUUCUUUUCCGUUUCAUUUCUCAUUGUGAAAAUUUUGGGCAGUCAUGGCUUCAAAGCGUUCGGAUGUUCGGUUCUGUUCAAUUUAGGAGUGAUAGUGCCGUGUCUCAUCGGAAUUCUGUGGCAUGAAAAAGGACCAAAGGCGCACGAACGAUGCAGCCUCUUUAAGGAAAUAUGGCCGCUGAGCAUUUCUAGCAACAAAACAGCAUUAACAUUUCUAGUGCUCCAAGGAACACUGCAAGGAUUGUCGGUUAUUUUGCGCAGUUUCAGUCUUCGAUACAUGACGAUGGGAGACAUGACGGUGAUAGUUUUCAGCAGUCCUGUUGUGACUAAUUUCAUCGCUCAUUUUCUCGUCGGAGAACCGUGCGGCAUUUUCUUCGUUUUCACAGCCAUUCUGACUUUGUGCGGUGUCGGACUGAUCACAAAACCGCCAUUCAUUACUGGAUCAUCCAGUUUCGAUCACAAUACUUUGAUUGGAAGCGCUCUCGCCGUUGGUGCUAUGCUCUGUCUAUCCACCAAAUUUGCUGUCACGAGGAAAAUUAAGGAAACGCAUUAUCUGCUCAUGACAUUGUUCCUUGGCGGCUGUGGCUUUCUAAUCUCAUUUCCACUGUUCCUUGCGUUUGAAGACAUAUCAAGUAUCGUACCUAAACGAUGGGAAGACUACGUUCUCGUUGGUGGCCUGUUGAGUGCUUUCUUUUCGAUUGCCUGCAUAAAUUUGGCAUUGAAAAAUGAGGAUGCUGGACCGGUCGCACUAAUACGCUCCUGUGAUGUGAUAUUCGCUUUCCUGUUCCAGUACAUAUUCUUGUCGGUCGUUCCAGAUACGUUGAGUGGAAUCGGUGCUGCAAUUGUGGUAUCCGGAGUGUUUUUAACGGGAUUGCGAAAAUGGAUGAUGACUCGGUCGGCCAAAGAUGAAUCGGAUUAAUUUUAGAUAUUAAUUGUUUUGCUAUGGUUAAAGUGUCUGGCAGCGAGGAGAUGCUGGUUCUUGUGUUUGUGUAUAAAGAUUUCAUAAUUUUUUUUUUGUUAUAAAUAGCGAGUGGAGACAAGAGUGACUCGUUGCGAUCAUAAAAAAUAAUUGAAUUAUUUUGUAGAGCUAAGAAUUAGUGACUAAUUUAUGACUUAAACUGUGAUAGUGGCUAAGA